GUGAAAUGACGUCGCGUCACGUAAUCACAGAAGCCGGAAGUAUUCGAAUCAGUCCUCGUAAACUCACGUGUGCAUCAUGAAAAACAGAAAAAAGCACAACAACGUGUCCAAUAAAGCAAAAUUCAAACCUGGAUCCAAGAAAAGAGAAAAUAAAUGCGUCGUAAUGUUUGACGACAAAGACAGACAGGAUUAUCUCACCGGUUUCCAUAAGAGGAAGGUGGAGAGGAGGAAGGCAGCGGUGGAGGAAAUCCGAAAGAAAAUAAAGGAAGAGCAGAUCAGAGUCAGAGAAGAAAGGCACAAGGAAUAUCUGAAGAUGUUGAAGGAGAGGACGGAAGCUCUGGAGGACGUCGAGGACGACCUGGAAGAUGCGAUCACCGGCACGACGGAGUCGGUGCAGUACGACCACCCCAACCACACGGUUACCGUGACAACCAUAAGCGAUCUGGACCUGUCGGGGGCUCACCUGCUCGGACCCGCAGCUCAUCAGGAUGAUGAGGAGGAAAAGGAUGAAGAGAAGGAGAAAGGGGAAGGAGAGGAAGAGAAAACGACUGCUGCGAUGCCGAAAAAAGCCGGGAACCCAAUCGUAAACAAAAAGAUCCGCUCCCUCACGGCGGCGCUGAGCACCUUCACCAGCAAGAGGAACAGGAAAGGGAAGCAGGAAAGCCGAGGUGGCCGGGGCCGUCAAACGGACCGGAGACACGGCGUCACGGAGUGCAAGAGCAGAGGCGGGAGGAGCAGCAAGUACCAGAGGCGGCGGCGGACCGGGAAGAAGGUGCAUCACCAGGAAUGAGAGACGUCUUGGAUUCCCACUCGAUAUAUGUGUGUGUGUGUGUGUGUGUGUGUUUGUGUGUCAGCCGAAGAAAUCUGGACUGUUGUUGCUCCUGAUUCGGGGCAGGAUGUUUGUAAAUGUUGACGCUCAAGUGUCUUUCUUUUGUACAUUCUCUUUUUUUGUAUUUGCCUCAGUUUGUGAUUAAAGGAAGCGUUCAUCUUUCA